UCCAUUUGUUACUGCUAUGGGUUUCACAACAGCUUGGAAGAGGCUUUCGCCUACUCAACUCAACAUUGCUAUCCAGACGUUUGCUUUGAUUUCUAUUUUCUUCGAAGGCUAUGAUCAGGGUGUUAUGGGUGGUGUCAAUGCAUCGCCAAACUACAUCAGCGAAGUCAAGAUUGGUCUACCAGAUGGUACAGUAACGAACACCACCAAGCAGGGCGGCAUCGUCAGUAUUGUCUCUUGGUCUGGAGACAAGACCCAUGAGCUAACUAACCUCCAAAGUNACUAUCUUGGUGCCAUCGUCGGUUGUUUCGUCGGUGGGUGGGCAGCCGAUCGUAUCGGAAGAAUCAAUGGUCUCUUCUUCGCUGCAGUAUUUGCUCUCAUUGGAGGCGCCCUACAAGCUGCGACCCAGAGUGCCGAUUUCAUCCUCGUCGCCCGAGUAGUCACAGGUCUUGGAACAGGAGUCUCCGAAGUCUCGAGCGCAGAACACCGCGGCGGCUUCCUUGGCUACGUCUUCAUCGCAAACUACCUCGGUAUCUCUGUGGCCUACUGGCUGGACUUUGGCCUCUCCUUCGUCAACAAUGGAUACUCUGCUGUACGCUGGCGUUUCCUUCUCGGCUUCCAAUGUUUGCCUGCCCUGCUCCUUCUCGCGGGCAUAAAGAUGCUGCCAGAUUCUCCUCGCUAUCUAGCUUCCGUGGGCAGAAACGCCGAAGCGCGCGAAGUUCUUGAGCGUGUGCGUGGAGACGCUGACCCCGAAGCCGUGGAAAAGGAAUUCAAUGAGAUUGUCGCUAUGGCUGAAGAUACGAAACCCGCUUCUCCGAUUGAGUUCAUCAAAAUUAUGUUCGGGUUUGACAAGGACAAGGGUGCUCAUUUGGGUCGCAGAGCUUGGUUAUGCAUCUGGCUGCAGAUUAUGGCGAGUUGGACUGGUAUCACGGCUGUCACUGCUUAUAGUCCAGUCUUGCUGCGACAGGCCGGGUACAGUCAGAUCAAGCAGAACGGACUUGCAGGAGGCCUCAACACCAUCGGUAUUAUCGGCACCAUCAUCUCUGCGCAAAUCGUCGACAAAUUCGGCAGACGCAAGUGUUUGAUGUGGGGAGCUGCUGGCUUAUUUGCUGUGAACUUGAUCGCUGCCUCACUCUACGAAGCUUCCCGCCACGAUCCCGCAAAAGCAGCCAGCAUCGCGCCUGCAGCAGUCACCAUGCUCUUCCUCUUCAACCUCGUUUAUGCAUCCACUUGGGGCACAGUUGCCUUCUUGAUCCCCACAGAAAUCUUCCCCAGCAGAAUGCGAGCACAAGGCAAUGGUUUCGGCAUCACUGGUUGGGCGAUCGGUGUCGGCUGGACUGUUUUAGUCAACCCAAUCAUGUUUGAGAACAUCCAGAGUCGAACAUACUUUCUGUUUGCCGGUCUCAACUUCAUCUGGAUUGGUAUCGUCUGGCUACUUUAUCCCGAAACCGCAAACCGCUCACUUGAAUCCAUCGAAGCCAUGUUCACAACAUUGCCAUUUUAUUGGCAAAUGGAAAAAGCCUAUGCCGAGAACAAAGACAUGUUUGCUACCAGCAAGCAUGAAAUGGAAAGAGAUAGACUGUCAAAAGAAAAGGAGCUGGAAUGUUUGCACGAUGAAUUGCCACAUGUU